CGAGGCCUGUCUGGGUAAAAGCGGAAGAAGAAGAAGAAAACAACACCAGCGGCUCUCAAGCGACAGUUAGGACAUUUAGAGACCCUUUUAACAUACUACCGGUCCGGUCUCACAACGCGCCGUUGGGUCGUGUGUGUUUAAAGCUGUAGGUACUGUUUAUUAAGCGGAAUCCCAAAGAAUGUCGCUAUUUGGAAAGAUAUUCGGUACCGGAGGUAAGGGAGGGAAGGGACCGACUCCCCAGGAGGCUAUCCAGAAACUCCGGGAAACGGAGGAGAUGUUGGCCAAAAAACAGGAGUUUUUAGAGCAGAAAAUCGAGCAGGAGCUCCUGACGGCGAAGAAGAACGGCACGAAAAACAAACGAGCGGCUCUCCAGGCUCUGAAGAGAAAAAAGCGCUAUGAGAAGCAGCUGACUCAGAUUGACGGGACGUUGUCCACCAUCGAGUUCCAGAGGGAGGCUUUGGAGAACGCCAACACCAACACAGAAGUGCUCAAGAACAUGGGCCUUGCUGCUAAAGCGAUGAAGUCUGCACACGAAAACAUGGACAUAGACAAAGUAGAUGAUCUGAUGGCUGACAUCACAGAGCAGCAGGAACUUGCCCAGGAAAUCUCCGAUGUCAUCUCCAGACCGGUCGGCUUUGGGGAGGACUACGACGAGGAUGAGCUUGUUGCUGAGCUGGAGGAGCUGGAGCAGGAAGAGCUGGACAAAAAUCUUUUGGUUGUUGAAGGAACAGAAGAUGUUUCCCUGCCAAACGUGCCAUCAACAUCGCUUCCAUCUAAACCAGCCAAGAAGAAGGUGGAAGAAGAGGAGGAUGACAUGGCGGACCUCGAGGCCUGGGCGGCUAACUGAGCUGGCUCUUCCUCCUCGCCAACUCCUCCAGUCUGUCUUUCUGUGUCCACGCAUCUGGGAGAGCAACAGGGACUCUGGGCUGCUCCUCUGACUGCUGGCAUGCUGCUCUGUCUUAAAGCUUCAACCCAACGUCUACCACAGCCCAAACCGCUAGUAUGCACCUGUAUGAAGACUAAUGAGCCCAGGAUUUUUCCUUAUGAUUAAUGUUACAGGAUGAAUCUCUUUGCCCUCGUCCCCUUCUAAAAGUGCGAAAAAUGAAAGAAAAGGUUCCUCCAAUCAGCCUGUGGUUCCCAUGUGUUUGUGGAACUAGUUUUUGUAUGAAAAUGACCGUUUGGGUGCAUACUGCGAGGAGAAGGUGUGUGGAGGUAGAGGACGAGGCUUGUCUCUGGAAGAAUGUGAAGAAUCAACUUGUGCACAAAAAGAAAAAGGUGAAAUGCCGGCCAUUUUUCUGCUUCCUGUGUUGCUGUCUGUCUGCUCUGCUACAAAGAUGAUGACAACCUAUUUCUGCUGAGUCCUCAAAGCAGCAACGAUCUUAGAAAUGUAGGAUUGGUACUGAAAAAUUACUCAACCAGGAUUUCCUCUUGUUGUGGAGCGUUGCAUUAGAAAAAACACUUGAAAAGCUCAGGUUUAAGUUUUCUUCUCAUCUACUGAAGUUUCAAUUAAAAUCUCUCUCUCUCUCUCUCUCUCUCUCUCCAGGUCUACCUCUAAAUCGGUUUUGUUUUUUUGCUUAAAAACUGCUUGGAUUUUAUUUUAAGAAACAUAUCAAUGAAAGACACAGGGCAGUGAAAAAUGAUCUUUUCUUCCAUGUUUUUUCCAGAUUUUCCAAAUUUUCACACACCGCUCUAAAACAGACUGUCCUUCCACCAUGUGAACCAAUCAGUUCACCUUUUAUAAGUUGCCUGUAAUGUGAUAAAUAAGACAAGCUAUGGGAAGCUGUCAGUUGUGCAGGAAGAACAAGCUCAAACCUGCAGAGCUGUAGUGAAAAUGGGAGGUCUGGUCUGAACAGCUGCUCCUCUUUUCCUUAGAGUUUUAUAACUUUUCUCUUCAAACGUCUGUGAAGAAACCAGAGUUCUUGCUGUUCAAGGAUGCAUCGAAAUCCUUGACGGUUUGGGGUUUAAAUUUAGGAAAGAUUUAUGAGAACUCCUGAAGGAGAGGUCCUUCUGUUCAGGUGAAAGGAUUCGUACUGCAGCUGCAAAUUAAGAAGUUAUUUUACAGAAAAAUCAAGUAAAAACUUUAUCCACAAAACAUCCCUGAGAUGAAUUUUAAACUGAUUGGUUAAAAAAGACUCUGUCAUAAAAGGGCUUUUAAUAAUGUGAUGAAGCUUGCUCCCACAUGGCUGCCAGCAGGCUCAUUACAACACCUAAUGAUGGGGGGGGGGGUCUCCUGCCUCUGAAUAUGAAUGAACCUGUGCCUGAAACCUUCUACGCCUUGGCCGCCUGGUUUACCAAUGACUUCAUGUGAUAAAAUCUUGUUUUAUGUUGGCUGUGUAAUCUGAAUGAUGUUUUGCCGCCCUCGCCUGUGGGUCCACGUUAGCGCUGACUGCUGAGGAGCAGCAUAAGGGCUGGUUCUGAGUUCAUCUUCCUGCUGCAAUCAUGAUGCAAACGAGCUUCUGCUCACUGCCUGGCCCUCUACAGCUGCAGCAGCUCUUUACGGUUUGUCUCGAGGACAGAUUUCAAAAUUAGAUUAAAACGUUGCAGAUCCAACUCUGGGCUCAUAUCCGUUCUUUCGUAUUUAGAGAUAAAACCUCAAACAUGCUGGGAUUAUGUCACCUGUUUACCUCAGAUAUUGUUCAUCUUCUUCCUGACUGCACACACAUACUGGACAUUGUGAGGUGCAGCCAGUUCUGCUUCCAGUAGUUUCCAUUUCACUGUUGCUGAUGGGUUGUACAAUAAAGGUAAUCUAAAUAAAGUUUAAUUUUUAUGCA